GGGAACCCAUGGCCAACUAUUAUCCUCGAGGUUGUUUCCUUUGAAACGUUUGAGCACAUAAAAGACAAGAUCAAAAACUUUUGGCUAGGCCCAAACCGUUGCGAGGAUGUGAUUGUAUUAGAUUGGGCAAUUGGAAUAACAAACAGCGCAAUCAAAAUAGACAACCUUUGCGUCUGUUUGAAAUUCUGUCGACGUACAACUCUUCAACUAAACAAAAACGCUACGACAUUUGAUCCAAUUCAAGAGAUUGAAUUUGGGACUGAUGACGCAAACGGAAAGGCUAGUUCUUCGCAAAUUUCUGCGCCUGGAAUUGCAAUCGAUUUAUACGAAGCGAAUUUCGAUGCUAUGAUAAAAAUUGAUUCAA